AACAGACGAAAGAAGUAAUGGACAUGGUAGGUGACGACCAACGACUCUAGUGACUAGCGAACUAGCAAGUGACAAGCAACAAGCAAGAAGCAACCAUGGCCGACGACCAACCAGCAUGGAAGAUACCGCCGAUCGUUCAGGAGCUGACCGCCGGCGUGCAGGAGCCACCAAGCCGGUACGUGGUUGGCGAGCAAGAUCGUCCUGCCAUGGCCGCCGCCGCCGCCAUGCCCGAGCCCAUUCCCAUCGUUGACCUCAGCCGGCUGUCCGCAAACGACGGCGCCGACGACGACGAGACCGCCAAGCUCCUGUCCGCCCUGCAGAAUUGGGGCCUCUUCCUGGCAGUCGGGCAUGGAAUGGAUCCAGGAUUUCUCACCGAGAUGAUGGAGGUGACGAGGGGAUUCUUCAACCUCCCGCUCGACGAGAAGCAGAAGUACUCCAACCUGGCCAACGGCAAGGAGUUCAGGUUCGAAGGGUACGGCAACGACAUGGUGCUGUCGGAGGACCAGGUCCUGGAUUGGUGCGACAGGCUCUACCUCACCGUGGAGCCGGAGUCCCGGAUCGUCCGGAGCCUCUGGCCGGCGCAGCCUCCUGCCUUCAGCGACGUCCUGCGCGAGUACACCACCAGGUGCCGGGAGAUCGCCGGCGUCGUGCUCGCCAGCCUCGCCAGGCUGCUGGGCCUGCACGAAGGCCGCUUCGUCGGCAUGAUGAGCGACGGCGUCGCCAUGACGCACGCCAGGUUCAACUACUACCCGCGAUGCCCCGAGCCGGACCGCGUCUUGGGCCUGAAACCCCACUCCGACGCCUCCGUGAUCACCGUCGUUCUCAUCGACGACGCUGUCGGCGGGCUCCAGGUGCAGAAGCCCAACGACGAUGAUGGCGUCUGGUACGACGUGCCCAUCGUCCCCAACGCGUUGCUUGUCAACGUUGGGGACGUAACAGAGAUCAUGAGCAACGGCUUGUUCAGGAGCCCCGUGCACCGCGCGGUGACGAACGCCGAGAGCGACCGGGUGUCGCUGGCGAUGUUCUACACGCUAGACUCGGAGAAGGAGAUCGAGCCGCUGCCGGAGCUGGUGGACGACAAGAGGCCGAGGCGGUACAGGAAGACGACGACCAAGGAUUAUCUGGCAUUGCUGUUCGAGAGGUUCACCAGAGGGGAACGAGCCUUGGACGCGGUGAAGAUCGACCUCAACGACGACUGAAAACAUGAGUGACUCUGGAACAAGAAUUAACGAUGAUCGAUGGACGAUAGAUUCGCAUUCGCUUUGUAGGGAAGCUUCUUUCAAUCUUGCAUUGACCUACAUUUAAUUCGUGGCUAUGUUUUCGUGAAGUGAAUCAGUAGCUACCUUUGUAUUUGCCAUUUGUGCUUUACUCUGUCCUGUUUAAUUCAAAUCAGCGCUUUGAUUUUCUUUUACAUGUAAAAAAAGUCAAAGCGACUAUGUAAAAAGAAAGUCAAAGUGAUUUAUAAUUUAGAAUAAAUUGUAGUA